UUCAGACCCGGAACUACCUGCUUGAUGCAUACAGUAGCGUAUUAGAAAAGGAAUUAUAACGUGCAAAUUGCGAACUAAAGUACUUUUAAACACAUCACUAAAAAUCACAUUUUAUUUAGGCCUUUUCAACAGAGUCCAAGUUUCCUGUUGUCAGAUUUACGUUUCACUUUUUUUUUUUUUUAUCGAGCAGUAACUAGCUAUUUGCGUUAGCCAACGCAACAGUUAGCUUGUUGUAGCAGCCCUGAAGGACUGUUAAGGACUGUUAAGCUAACGGCGAGAAUAGUUUUCAGCUGUCCGGGCUGGACACACGGCGGGACAACGUUGGCGUGCUGCUCUGAAGUUAACUCCUCUCAUCAAUAACUGGAAGUUAACAACAUAAUUUAAACGAAACAACUGGGAGAAUUAGCUUGUUUGUCAUUGUUGCUAAUGAUGUCAGACUGGUUAACCAGCAGCAACAAAGUUCUGUUAACAAACAAAAUGACCAACAGCAACCAAAUGCAUUGGGACGUUGUGACAUGAAUACUUCAUCUCCAUGACAGAAAGAAGACGUCAGAUAACGAGGGAGGUGCCAUGGAAAAGCCAUGAUCAGAAGAGGGAAGAAGUGAGAAUUUUUUUUGAGGCAUUCUGCAGCUUUAGCGUCCUCAUCUUUUGUUCCUCACUUAUGCAAGAUGCAACGACAUCUAUUGUGAAAGAAACGCACAGAAGAAAACUGUGUAGAAAGAGGCAGAGCAGCAGGAAGAAGAGGACAUUUGAUAGAUAAAAAGAGGGAGAUCUGCAGCAGGAUCCCCACCGUGCUGAACACAGGACUGCGUGACUGGUCUGUGCAAGCAGAGGGAGAGAAGGGAGGAAGGUAGGAGAGAAAGAAGGGGGGAGGGGAGGCGAUUCAGCGCAGUGCAAGCUGACUGGAUGAGUAGCAGCCGCGGCACAGGCAGCAGCAGCAUCAGCACCACUAGCUGUAGCAUCUUUCUCCGUGGCUGCUGGAGGCUGUCGUGUGGCUGCAGUAGCAAUCUACAUCAUCCACAUACACACACAAAUAUCUGGACACAGACGUCCCCAUUGCUUGCCUUAAACACACACAUGCCGUGGUGGCCACCAGAGAAGAGGUAGUAAGUGACGGGGCUUGGGGGACAGAGGGACACAGGAAGAGGAAACAGGGACGACUGGUGGUAGUGCAAACGAGAGGAGGGCUGGAGCGACGGUGAUAGGAGUGCAGCAGCAGUAGCAGCGGCACCAUGGCGCAAGCCGCCAAGCAGCUCCGCAAAACCAAGGACCUCGCUGAGGCCGCCGCCCAGGAGCAGAGGGAGAAGGAGGAGGAAAAGAUAAAAAAGAGGAAUCGAUCCAGGGACCGCAGGCGCAAGGCCGAUGCAGCCACCAGCUUCCUGCGUGCAGCUCGUUCAGGGAACCUGGACAAAGCUCUGGAUCACAUCAAGAAUGGAAUCGACAUCAACAUAGCUAAUCAAAAUGGUCUCAACGGGUUACACCUGGCCUCUAAAGAAGGUCAUGUCAAAAUGGUCCUGGAGCUACUACAUUCGGGCAUUGAGCUGGAAGCCACCACUAAGAAAGGGAACACUGCUCUCCAUAUCGCAGCACUGGCGGGGCAGGAGAAAGUGGUGGCUGAGCUUGCCAACUAUGGUGCCAACGUUAAUGCCCAGUCACAUAAAGGGUUCAGUCCGCUCUACAUGGCUGCACAGGAGAAUCAUUUAGAAGUGGUCAAGUUCCUUCUCGAGAACGGUGCCAAUCAGAGUCUCCCAACUGAGGAUGGCUUCACUCCCCUGGCAGUGGCCCUCCAGCAGGGCCAUGAAAACGUUGUGGCGUUGCUCAUCAACUAUGGCACUAAGGGCAAGGUCCGCCUUCCUGCGCUGCACAUCGCUGCACGAAAUGACGACACGCGCACCGCCGCAGUGCUUCUGCAGAACGACCCGAACCCUGAUGUUCUCAGCAAGACUGGUUUCACACCUCUCCAUAUUGCAGCACACUAUGAAAAUAUGAGUGUCGCCCAGCUGCUGCUUAACAGAGGAGCCAAUGUAAACUUCACUCCCAAGAAUGGCAUCACGCCCCUUCAUAUAGCCUCUAGGAGGGGAAAUGUGAUGAUGGUCAGACUACUGCUGGACAGAGGGGCACAGAUCGAUGCCAAAACUAAGGAUGAGCUGACUCCUCUCCACUGUGCGGCCAGGAAUGGUCAUGUUCGCAUCAUUGAGAUCCUGCUGGAACACGGUGCUCCCAUCCAGGCCAAAACCAAGAAUGGUCUCUCCCCCAUCCACAUGGCAGCUCAGGGGGAUCACAUGGACUGUGUCAGGCAGCUACUCCAAUACAACGCUGAGAUUGACGAUAUCACGCUGGACCAUUUAACCCCUCUUCAUGUAGCAGCCCACUGUGGUCACCAUCGCAUGGCCAAAGUCCUACUGGACAAGGGGGCCAAAGCCAAUGCACGUGCUCUGAACGGCUUCACACCUCUCCAUAUCGCUUGCAAGAAGAACCACAUGCGGUCCAUGGACCUGCUGCUUAAGCACUCCGCCUCCUUAGAAGCUGUCACAGAGUCUGGUCUCACGCCUCUUCAUGUAGCAGCGUUCAUGGGCCACCUGAACAUAGUGAAGAACCUGCUCCAGAGAGGAGCUUCACCUAAUGCCUCCAAUGUGAAAGUGGAGACUCCUCUCCACAUGGCCUCCAGAGCAGGACACUGUGAAGUUGCUCAGUUCCUGCUGCAGAAUGCAGCACCAGUGGACGCCAAGGCUAAGGAUGACCAGACACCCCUACACUGUGCGGCCCGUAUGGGCCACAAGGAGCUCGUCAAGCUGCUCCUUGAGCACAAGGCUAACCCCGACUCCUCUACAACUGCAGGACACACACCCUUACACAUUGCUGCGAGGGAAGGACACGUCCACACUAUUCGAAUCUUGUUGGAUGCUGGAGCACAGCAAAUCAAGAUGACAAAGAAAGGCUUCACUCCCCUCCAUGUGGCCUCUAAAUAUGGAAAGGUGGACGUAGCUGAGCUCCUUCUGGAGAGAGGUGCUAACCCCAAUGCAGCUGGGAAGAACGGUCUGACACCCCUUCAUGUGGCCGUCCAUCACAACAACCUGGAUGUUGUUAAACUCCUGGUCAGCAAGGGAGGAUCUGCACACAGCACUGCUCGAAAUGGCUACACUCCCCUGCACAUAGCAGCGAAGCAGAACCAGAUGGAGGUGGCCAGUUGUCUGCUGCAGAAUGGGGCAUCUCCCAACUCUGAGUCCCUCCAAGGCAUCACGCCCCUACACCUGGCUUCACAGGAGGGACGGCCUGACAUUGUGGCUCUGCUCAUCUCCAAACAGGCCAAUGUAAAUCUAGGAAACAAGAAUGGAUUGACCCCUCUGCAUCUUGUGGCUCAGGAGGGUCAUGUGGGCAUUGCUGACACAUUGGUCAAACAAGGAGCCUCCGUUUACGCUGCUUCACGGAUGGGCUACACACCCCUUCAUGUGGCCUGUCACUAUGGCAACAUCAAGAUGGUGAAGUUCCUUCUGCAGCAGCAGGCUCAUGUGAAUAGCAAGACAAGGAUGGGCUACACCCCUCUGCACCAGGCAGCUCAGCAGGGCCAUACUGAUAUUGUCACCCUGUUGUUGAAACACGGAGCCCAGCCCAAUGAGAUUACAUCGAAUGGGACAUCUCCCCUGGGCAUUGCUAAGCGGCUGGGUUACAUCUCUGUCAUUGAUGUGCUGAAACUGGUUACCGAGGAGUCUGUCUCUGCGAUCACUACAGAGAAGCAUCGGAUGAGUUUUCCUGAGACCGUGGAUGAGAUUUUGGAUGUCUCAGAGGAUGAAGGAGAUGAGUUGCUCGGGAUGGAUGGAGCACGCUAUUUGAAGCUCGAUGACUUCAAGGACCAGGACGAUGACUUCCUUUCCCCGAAGAAGACCCUCAGAGACUUUGAGGGUGGUACGGGUACCACGCCAUAUUCUCCUGCUAUUCCCAGAAUCCCUUGUGUGUCCCCAGAGACUGUUCUGCUGGAUCAGCACACCCCCAUCCCUCUGCCAAAGGAAUAUGACGAAGACUCUCUUAUCCCGAGCAGUCCGGCUACAGAAACGUCAGACAAUGUCAGCCCCGUGGCGAGUCCUAUUCACACUGGCUUCCUGGUGAGUUUCAUGGUGGAUGCUCGAGGAGGCUCCAUGCGAGGCAGCAGACACCACGGCUUGCGAGUUAUCAUCCCUCCUCGAACCUGCGCCGCACCGACACGCAUCACCUGCCGCCUGGUCAAACCUCAGAAACUGACCACACCUCCUCCGCUGGUGGAGGGGGAGGGGCUCGCUAGCCGCAUCAUCUCACUGGGGCCUUCCAGUAUGCAGUUCCUCGGGCCAGUAAUAGUGGAAAUCCCACACUUUGCCUCACUGGGCCGAGGGGACAGAGAGCUUGUGGUUCUCCGCAGUGAAAAUGGCUCAGUGUGGAAGGAACAUCGCAAUCGCUAUGGCGACGAAGUGCUGGAAACUAUUCUGAAUGGCAUGGAUGAAGAACUGGAGAGUCAAGAGGAGCUGGAGAAGAAGAGAAUCCGUCGGAUCAUCUCCACUGACUUCCCUCUUUACUUCGCCGUGGUCUCCCGCAUUCAGCAGGAGAGUGAUCUGAUUGGUCCGGAGGGCGGCCGGCUGACCAGUAAGCUGGUGCCCCAUGUUGAGGCCAUCUUCCCUGAGACAGCUGUAACCAAGAGAGUGAGACUGGGACUGCAGGCCCAGCCAAUUCCUGAUGAAUUGCUGACUCGGCAGCUUGGUAACCAGGCGACCUUCAGCCCGGUGAUUACCAUCGAACCACGCCGACGCAAAUUUCACCGUCCAAUUGGACUGCGUAUCCCUUUGCCACCAUCCUGGAGGGAGUGUCCUCGAGAUGCUGGGGAGGGUGAUACCACCAGCUUACGCCUGCUCUGCAGUGUCAUUGGUGGGACAGCACCAGCUCAGUGGGAGGACAUAACAGGAACCACUAAGCUGAUGUACGCCCACAACUGUGCCAACUUCACCACCAAUGUUUCCGCAAGAUUCUGGCUGGCAGAUUGUCCACGCACGGCAGAGGCAGUGACCUUUGCCAACUUGCUGUACAGGGAGCUUAUGUCAGUUCCCUAUAUGGCCAAGUUUGUUAUUUUUGCCAAGAUGAAUGAAGCGCGCGAGGGACGCUUGCGUUGUUACUGCAUGACGGAUGACAAGAUGGACAAAACACUGGAGCUGCAUGAAAACUUCACCGAAGUAGCUCGGAGUCGAGACAUUGAGCUGAUGGAGGGCAUGCCGCUGCACCUGGAGUGUUCUGGGAACCUGGUUCCCAUCAGGAAGGCCACCCAGCAGCCUCGUAGCUUCAGCUUCCAGGCCUUCAGAGAUAACAGACUGCCCGUCUCUGUCAAGGUCAGAGAUAGUAACAAGGAUGCCACUGGGUUUUUGUCCUUUCUACGGAAGUGUACCAAGUACGAGGACACUCAGCACGUACUGUGUAACCUUAACAUAACCAUGCCACCCUGUGUCAAGGUUGUUGGAAGUGAGGAGCGCAGGCGAACUUUAACCCCUCUUGCCCUGAGGGAACGCUACAGUGCUCUGAAUGAGCCUGGUGUGGCGGCAGUGAACGCCAUGGAGAGGACUGAGAUCAAGAUCAACAUCAUAUCUGAACAGCUGGGUUUGAGCUGGGCAGAGUUGGCACGAGAGCUCCAGUUCGGUGUGGAUGACAUCAACAGGAUCCGUGUGGAGAAUCCCAACUCUCUGCUGGACCAGAGCUCUGCCCUGCUCAACCUGUGGGCCAGCAGAGAGGGCAAACGGGCCAAGAUGGAGAGCCUGUACGCUGCUCUGAGGAACAUCGACCGCGCAGACAUUGUGACCUCUCUAGAAGGUCAGGCUCCACAGCCAGCACCCAGUUCUUCAGAGGAGGGUGCCUGUCGACUCGGUGACCGCGACUCCACCCUGCUGUCACCCAGUGUCAUCAAUGGUUAUGGGCUGGUGCAAGAGGAGCUGCUGUCCCCGGCCUCCAUGCAGUACAGCUUGCCCUCUCCACUGGGCGCAGAGCCCUACUGGCAGGAAGUCUCGAGCCUCGAGUGCGCCCCCAUCGCUACCACCGAGGAAGACACGUUAAUGGAGAUGUCGGACGUUCAGGUGUGGCCAGCAGGGGUCAGCCCCUCGCUGGUUACAGUGGAGGACUCGUCACUGGAGGGCAGCAGUCGGGCCGACGACUCGGAGGGCGCCACGCUCUCCCUUCCCUGCAGCUUGGGUCGCCCGAGCAGCGGCGCCAGCGGGGCCAGCGGCUCCAUCAUGGAGCUGGAAGAGGAGGAGGAGGAGGAGGAGGAGGAAGGGGAGGUUGAGGAGGAGGAGGUGCCACAGGAGCCAGCAAGUACGCUGGCAGAAAGGGACAGGGUGAGGGCCAGUGGCGCUGUUCCCAAGGUCAACCUGAACGGCCAGCUGGGAGGUCAGAGGUCGGACGGGAGGAGAGGGGAGGCCGUUGUGACAGGAGGAGGAGCGAAAGGAGGAGGAAGUGGAGGUGUAGGGUUGGGUUCAGUGGAAGGGAUUUCUGUUGUUGCAGGCCAGCAGGUGUACGCCCAGCGGUGUGAGAUGUCGGGACUGAGUCGAGCUGCGGAGCACAACGGAGACAACCGGUUGGUGGGAGGCGGAGCGUUUCAACCCUACUUACCUGACAAGGAUUCCCUGCAGGGCUGGGUGGGCUCGGUGUCAUCGGGACGCGACGGCAGCAUGCCGGGCUUGCGUGUGGCCCAGGAGGCUCUGCUGACUCCGGUGUGUGACACGGGUUACUCUCAUGUGCUGCGUGGGCGCCUCCUGCAAGGCACACAGCCCUUUGACAAGGGGCUGGGCUUCUCUCACCAGGAGGCGGGGCCACAUGCUUGGGAACAGGAGCAGAGGCGGGGCCAGAGAGAGGAUAAAGAGGACUAUGCUGCUGAGCCGCAGUUUGCUGAUGAACACGGAAAGGUGCUCGCCAGAAAGGUGGGGGUGGAUGUGAGAAGGGGCGCUCAGUCAGUGCAGCACACCAGUCUGCGAAGAGUUAAACACUGAAAUACACAUACUACCCAGUGCUCAAGGACAGGAAAGCCACUGCCAAAUCAUCCUCCACAAAAACACAACCAGACCGCAGAGGAAAAUGAGCAAGGGAGGAGAGGAAGACAAAGACUACGAAGUGCAAACUACAAAAUGACAAACACAGAAUCAUCCUCAACGUGUGACCAUGGAGCAAACCACAAAAGAAAAGAGCAACAGAAAAAAAGUUCAACUUGUAGUUUUAUAACAUUUGUAAAGAAAAAAAAAUAUCAA